AUGUCUCAAGGGGAUUCUUCUAGGGGUGGACCUGGGAUGGAUUUCCGGCUGGCCUUUGGAUCUAAACCGUCGACACUGGGGACAAAGGUUUUUGAUAAUAAUCUUUUUGCUUCAGACCAGGAGAUGAAUAGUUCUGGACUGUCUGGAGGACCUAGAGUUACAAAAAUUAAUGGAUGUUUGGAAAGAUGUAAGGAGAGACUGAAGCUGGUUAUCCCGAUGGAGUUGUUGGCGGAUGAUAUUGAGUAUUAUUCGAAGCACUCCUUUUAUUGCAAGUUUAUGGGUUUAAGGAUCUCGUUGCAAUUUUUGGAAUCUUGGGCUCAGAGGACUUGGCAGCCGGAAGGAGAAAUGGAGAUUAGACUCCUAGCUAAUAAUUACUUUAUGGUUUCAUUUGAUUGCAUGGCCGAUCGGAAUAGGAUCUUUGAGGGGGGUCCUUAUUUCUAUAACCAAGUGGGUUUGUUUAUGAAGCCGUGGCAUGCGGGUUUCAAUCCGACUGAGGAACUCCCGAGUAGGGUUCCAGUGUGGGUUCGUCUGCCAUGGUUUCCUAUAGAAUGUUGGCGUGAGGAUGUCCUUCAUUUGGUGGCUUCACUGCUUGGUAAACCAGUUGGGUCUUCGCAACAGACGCAGUUUAAAAAGGUAAUGACUUUUGCCCGUGUUUGUGUAGAAAUUGAUUUAAGCAUGCCAUUGCCAGAUUCUGUGGAGGUGAGUGCAGGAUCAUAUACAUGGGUGCAACAGAUAGACUAUGAAACUUUACCUUUUCGGUGUCGAUUUUGUCAUGAGUAUGGUCACUUGCAGCGUAGGUGCCCUAAGGCUAAGCCAGUAGGGACCCAUUCUGGUCAAUCUCAUCGCAACUCACCUGGGGUGGACAAGGGGAAGGGGUCUAUUCCAGGUGAUGAAAUGGCUGAGGAUGGAUUUAUUCCUGUCAAAGCUCGCAACAGAAAUCGGGGGCAGAAGAGGACUUUGGGGGAGCGGCAGGAUGAUGUUUCUUUUAACAGGUUUGAGGUGUUGGAUGAUCUCAACCAACAAGAAGUGAAUCCCGGUUUGAUGGACUUGGAUCAAGGAGCUUUGGGUUUAGGAAAGAAUGGGCCUCCUUUGGAGGUUAUUCAGGUUGGGCAGGAAUCGGGAGUUGGGCAGAUGGACUUGGAUCAGCAGUUGAUUGUUUCGGCUGGACCGGAUACUGUGCAUGAGAUUUUGACAAAGGGGGGAGAGGGUUCUCCCUUGCCUAUAAAGACUGGUGGGGAAGUUGGAAAGAGCUCCAAUUCCUCUUCGCGCUUGGGUAUUUUGCAAAAGGAUCUAAAGAAAGGGGUCGGGGAGAAGAACCCCAAGCUGGGUAGGAAAAAGGAUUUAGAAAAGAUUAAGUCAACUGGGGAGACUCUGGUGGAGUCAGGGGCAGUUAAGCCCCUGGAUUCUCACUUCUUGUGUACCCAGAAAUGA